UAGCCACUUCUCCUUCCCCUGGAUCAUAUAGUGCGAGAGCCUGCAAAGAAAGUAACCACAGCCAAAGCUCAUCCGCCCCCCUCGAGCGGUGGGACUGCGAUCAAACGGACUCAUUAACCUCAGCGGUUAUUCGUGUCCAGACAAAAUAAAUAAAUAAAUUAGGAAAAAAAAAAAAAAGCAAACGGGGUAGCGGAGAGGAGAGGAGCUCGCAUUUAAAGCAGGAUUGCUACUGAAAUUAGGUACAGUGGAUCUAUGAAGACGCAGACAGCAGACCGAAGCAACAGGGAGUGAUUCACCCCCUCCCCUCCAUACACGCACACCUCCACGCCUGCAGCCCCCAUGCCGGGCAUUAGCUCCACCGCGCCUCGUUAUGAAAGCUGGGACAUGGACCACCUGGACCACUACCAGCAUUACUUCUACGACGACCACGACCCGGACGAGGAUUUCUUCAAGUCUACAGCGCCCAGUGAGGACAUAUGGAAGAAAUUUGAGCUGGUACCGACCCCGCCCAUGUCCCCUAUCCGGGCGGUGGAAGGGUCGGGGAAGGUCGGGCUCCUGUACCCGUCACUCGGGGACAAGCUGGAGUGGGUGUCCCAGUUCUUGGGGCAGGAUGACGAACAUCAGCAGCAACAACAGGACCUGCCCUGCAAGCUGGCGACUACCGGGGACUCCUUCGGGAACCUGAGCUCCAUCAUUAUCCAGGACUGCAUGUGGAGCUGCUUCUCUGCCGGACAGCAGCUGGAGAGAGUUGUAGGGGAGCGCUGCGCUUCUUUUCCCGGGACGGGGGCGACUGGUAAAGUCACUGCCGGGCCUCCUUUCACUUCACCGGGGAGGGCAAUCGGUGCUCAUGCCGACACGUCGGCUUCAGAGUGCGUGGACCCAGCUGCGGUGCUCACUUUCCCGUUAACCGGCGGAUGCAAGAAACAAGUGUCCUCUGGCUCAGAGUCACACACCGACUCAUCAGAUGAUGAAGAUGACAAAGAUGAAGAUGAUGAGGAGAUUGAUGUGGUGACGGUGGAGCACAAACAGCAGCAGCAGCAGAGGAAGCCUCGUAGGCUGGUCAACACCCGCAAGCCGGUGACGAUAACUGUGCGAGCUGACCCCCAUGAUCCCGGCAUGAAGCGUUUCCAUAUUUCUAUCCACCAGCAGCAGCACAACUACGCCGCCCCCUCCCCAGACACUCUGCCGGUGGUUUCUGAGCCGCCCCGGAAGAGAGUUCGCCACGAGGCCUUGGCCCCCUCAUCUCAGCCUCAGCAGAACUCUCAUUACCACCAGCCUCGGCCCGGCCACGCCCCUCUGAACUUGGACAGCAGAAAAUCCCACUUGACUGUGGCAGGCCUCAGGUCAGAGUCUCCUAACCUCAGCGCCUCCUCUCCUACCUCCUCCACGUUGCCUUCAUCUCCACCUUCCUCCUAUUCCUCUUCGUCCUCAACCCACCACCUCCAAAGCUCGCCCUCAAAGCCCCCGUCGCACCUCUCCAGCCCCCAGUCAUCAGACUGCGAGGACACGGACAAACGCAAGGCACACAACUUCCUGGAGCGCAAGCGGAGGAACGACCUUCGCUCGCGCUUCCUGUCGCUGCGGGACGAGAUCCCGGGCUUAGCGGACUGCCCCAAAACUCCUAAGGUGGCCAUUCUGACUCGAGCCACGGAGUACCUGCAGCAGCUGCAUGCCAGCGAGAGGCAGAAGGCCCAGGAGAGGAAGCAGCUGAAAGCCAGACAGCUGCAGCUGCUGCAGAGGCUGGCGCAGCUCAAACGAUGCUGAACUGCUGCAUCAGCUGUCGCCUCAGACUCUUAGAACUGAAUGGGACUACAUGAAGGAGAAAAAAAACACUAAUGUUCACUUUGAGUUGAUCACGCUGGAAUAUUGCGGGUGGAUUAUAUUUAGUUUUUUUUCCCAUUAUAUUUGCUAUGUUUGUGUUUUGCACAUUAGCUUCUGAGUGAUUGACAAGCCGUCAGGACGGCAAGCUGUGGACUGAUAUUGCAAGGCAUCUUACGGGCAGAUAAAUAUGUCCAUGGUCAUAACUGGUAAAAUGGUAAAACUGUUAUCCCAUGAAAAAUAUUAAGAUUAUUGCCUGCUGCAGGAAAGCCUGCUGAGAACACAGCAGUGUUUAUUUGGUAAACUUCAACAGUGCUGUUAACUGCUGCCCUUUAUUGUAAUGGGGGGGCUUGUUGUGCUUGCACAGCUGUGAUGUCUCCCCUGAAGCCUCUUUGUGACCCCCCCGCCCUCCUCCUAAAAAUCUAAUCUCGUUUACUGCCCCUUGCUUUUUAGAGCUUGGCAUACAACUUCUAAAUUUCAAGUUUAGCCUUUACACAUUUCCUUCAGGACACCCCCCCCCCCCCCCCUCCUCCUCCUCUUUUCUGUCCUCUUUCCUGAUCACCAGUUGAUAAGCCAGCAUGAGACACGGGACAGUAAUGUUACAGCUGGAGGGAUGUCAUCGAUCCGCAUGUCUUGUAAAGAUGAGGUUAAGUUUUAGCUUCUGUGCCUGCAACUUCCAGUCAAGUGUUUUAUUCCUGUACUGGCACUGUGCUUUCAGUAAUAACCUGUUUGUGUAGCGGUAUUUGGAUGGAGGACAGUUAAACAAAACAAAAAACAAAUAUAGAAUAUAGUCUUGCAGGCAUUUAAGCUUUAAAUAAAAUGCAAAAACACUCAAUUAUUUACCAGAUUUAUCUCUUAUUAUUAUUGUGCCAUUGAGACCAGCCAAAAAGGUGAAUGUGUUCUUCAGUUAUUUCACUUAAAUCUGGGUUUUUAGCACCAUUAAAAAUUGCAUCUUUUGCUUGAAACUGACUGAGUUCCAACUGUAUUUCAUUCAUCGUUACUGUCUAAUUAUGUGUGUUUGUUUUGCAUUUGAUGUAAUGCCUUUAGAAGCCUUUCAAUGUAUCUCAACAAUCCAGUUGGAUGUUCUGUAUAUGGAUUCUUCCCCUUUUACUGUACAGUCCCCUUCCACACCAAAACCAGAGCUGUCUAAAAUCCUCAUCCUAGUUUUUGUUUGGCCCCCCAUCCUUACACAUGGGGCUCAAGCUUGCUGGCUUUUCAAAGAUGACUCAAAGCUUCUAUUUUUGUUAAUAAAAUGAUUAUAAAAAAAGAGUUAAAAUAAAACACUUUUGAACAUUGAUCACACUAGCCACUUUGUCACAAUGUUUUUGUUUCCUUUUGCAAAGCAUUUUUGUUUUGUCUUUGGAUUUUUUCUUUAUUUUUACAAGUCAGAAUUAGCAAAAGUUUUAUACUAUAUAUUUUCCUACAGUUGUUUUAGUGUGAGCUGAUGACUUUUUUUAUGGUAGUAGGCAGGGCUUUAUUGGUGGUUACCUGCUGAAGAUUGGCAUGUUUGGUUUACUGUCUGGUGUAGAGGACAUCCGAACAGUCCUGUAAUCAAUCCAAUCACUGUAGUCAUAGUGCUGUUUUAGAUCUAAUGUGGAGGGGGUGGGGAUUUAAGAGGAUCUACCGAUUUAAAGUUUGUCUGUGUGUGUAUAUCCUUUAGUGACCUUAAUGUUAAUGCCUUUUUUUUUUUUUUUUUUCGUUCUGCAAGCCCGGUGUUCCCCAUCCUCUCACAAGCCAUGCAACAGAACAUUGUAGCCCUCUAGUACUGUAAAUGACCAGUAGCAUGCCCUGCUUUAUUAGCACUCAGGAAAGUCUGUGAACUCUGUAGCUUCUGUCAUGUGCUGGAGGAAAAAAAAAAGCCCCUUCCCUGUUAUAACAUGCUGUAUGGGUAAGAUGACCUUGAAGAUUAUAAGAUUAAUGAUGAACAAAAGGAAGAAAAAUAUGUUGGCUGUUUAUCUAUUCCUACUUCAGCAAUGCUAAUUGAUUCAGCACAAACCACCAGUUGGCCUGAUUGGUUCUUAAUUUUAAUUUUUUUCACAGGGGGUGUACCCGCAGCAGCGGUUCUUAACUGUUUUUUUUUUUUUUUUUUUUGUAUUUGUCACUGGUCUCUGCUGUGACACAGUUAUGGUGGCAAUGGACAUUGCUUAGCCUAAUUUGGUAAUUUUAGAGCCUUGUCUCAGCACUUUUGUUUUCUUCACUGUACCUCAAGCUUCUAUGUAUAAAAUGCAUAGUGGGUGGAUAACCUUCUAUGUAAAAAAUAAUAAAUGCCAAUGGUGUGAAAUCAA